ACUCACGCGCCACACCGACAAGCGCGCAACAAUGGAUGCGACCCCGCAGUGGCUCUUUCCGCUCGCCGCGCUGAGGAACACGCCGACAGAGUAUCCUAUCGAAAAAGAGAUGUACGACAGAGCGCGCGGAGUGGAGUUUAUUUUCCGCUUAGGGUCCACACUUCAGUUGCCUACAGCAGCAAUGCUCACGGCUGCAACAUGGUUCCACAGAUUCUACAUGCGCCACGCUAUGGGCGACUUCCACCGUCAGGACGUUGCUGCUGCAUGCGUGUUCCUGUCGACGAAAACCGAGGAGUGCGGCAGGAAGCUGCGCGACGUCGCUAAGGUCUACCAUUCAAAGUCUGCCGGCAUUGAUCUCAAGAGCAUACCUUCGGACAGUAAGGACGUUGAGAGGAUAGGCCUGGAAAUCCUUCACACGGAAGAGUACCUGUUAGAAGCCUUGUGCUUUGACUUCCUCAUUCAAAACGCACACAACGAUCUCAUAGACCUCUUCGAGGCCUCACAAAGCGAUGUCGAGCUGCAGGAUUACGCCUGGAGCAUCGCCCAUGACUCGUAUAGAACGCCCUUGUGCAUCCUGUAUCCUCCCCGUAUCAUCGCGGCCGCCUGCUACAUCCUGGCGCAGGCCGCUGCCGACGAUCCUAGCGCAUCUUCGCUCGAUUCCCGGCUGGCAAUCACCGCGCCCUCAUCGACACUUCCCACCCCGCCCACGCACAAGGCCCGGUCACCCGAUGCGUCUCGGUAUGUAAUUGAGCACUACGCAUUCAGCACGGUAGAGGUGCAGAACGUAACAGACGCCAUAGACAUCCUUCUGGAGUUUUACCGGUGUCAGGAUCUCCAGAACGCGCCUCACCUCGCCUUGGUAGCCGCCAUCCCUGCGCCGAAAAUGGCUACCUCACGAGAGCCCAUCUUUCGCCCUUGGCCGGAAGUCGCCAACUUCAACAACACGCGUACGACGUCGGAACCGGCCGCGUCGAAGGCCAUCACACCGAACUCAUCGCAUGGCGGGCACACGCCACAGAAGACUCAGGACUCGAUGAGAAUGGAUCUAAGUUGAUUCUAGCUAUACACACAGAACACUAUGCUACAGAUGAGCGUCGUGACUAGGCAGACUAUGCCAUGAAGUGGCCGCGAGGGUCGCCCUUCUGGGUCUCUGUGGACCCGGUCGACAUCAUGUCUUCCUCCACCUGUGGUGGCUUCAGCGUGAGCUGCAGUCGGACGUAGUCCCAUUGGUUGACUUUCGUGACCGAGUCUUCGACCUGGUCGUCCAUUCGGAAGAUGGGCGCUCGGCGCCCGGCGUGCUCAUGCGAGUCCGUGGAUAGUAUCCCGGACGCUGAUUCGAUGGCAUCGCCAAGGUCUGUUCGCAGGUCGUCAGGAUGCGAUGCAAUGGCGAGCAGCAGUCUAGGCGCACGCACCAUCGUCCUUCCCCGACCACUCGGAUUCCGAGCCGUUCGGGUCCGCGAAGG